AUGGCGGAAGAACGAGCGAGAAAACUGCGCGACUUACAUCGACCGGGAAAACCUGUCAUUUUCGCCAAUGUUUUCGAUGCCCCGACAGCUGAAAUUGUGGCCGAAAACCCUGCGAGUGAAGCUCUUGCUACCGCAAGCUUUGCCAUCGCAGCGGUUAUGGGCGUUGAUGAUGAUGCACUUGAUCUUGAAACGAAUAUUGCAGCGUUGCGACGUAUCAUUCCAGUUGCAUUGAAACAUGGGAAGCCCAUCACAGUGGAUAUGCAAGACGGAUAUGGUGAUCAACUUGAAUCAGCUGUUACUAGGAUCAUCGAACUCGGGGCCUCGGGAUGCAACAUCGAAGACCGUGACAACUUCAGUGGCCAGUUGCUUCCCAAAGAGAUAGCUGCAGACCGCAUCAGACGUGCCUGUCGCGCUGCGAAGAAUGCUAGAGUCCCAAGCUUUGUCGUUAAUGCUCGCACGGAUGCUGUUUUAGUGAAUAACGAUGUGGAAGAUGCGGUAGAUCGCGGAAAAGCGUACCUGGAAGCCGGUGCAACUACAAUUUUCGUCUGGGGAGGGUUAAAACGGGGCCUGACAAAAGCUGAGGUUAUAUAUUUCUGUCAUGGAUUCGGUGGCCGGUUAAAUGUCAUUGCCAGACUCAAUCCUGAUGGUUUAACGCUUCCUGAACUGGCCGAAAUUGGGGUGGCUAGGGUGAGUGUUGGACCAGCUCUUUGGCGCCAGGCAAUGUCUGCCUACCGCGAGAAGGCAGAAACGUAUCUGCUGCAGGGAGCCGAUAUAAGGAGGUAA